AGUCAUGCGAGGAAAUGAGGAAGUGCGUGUCUCGCGGAAACAAACAAAGUUUCUGCACAGCGAAGUCUAACAUGAAGCGUGAAACAUGACUAUCAGAUGCUUUUAUUUUCUCACUCUGAUCUCUUUCUUCAUUUUGAUCAAGUGUAAGAAUGUUAGUGGGAAGAGAGUGUGGCCUGUUCCUUACAGGAGAUUCGACCGUCGUCCGCCCACUGACCCUUACUGCCAAGCCCUUUACCCCUUUUGCCCAACUGGAGACCCAGAUGGUCGCAUCCCCUCCAUGAGAGACAGUGAUGUCAUUUCCGUGUUUAGACUACAAACUCCUGUGUGGGAAUUCAAAUAUGGAGAUCUUUUAGGGAAAUUUCAUAUAAUGCAUGAUGCCAUUGGAUUUGCCAGCUCAGAGACAGGAAGAAACUAUACCAUGGAAUGGUACGAGCUUUUCCAGCUUGGAAACUGCACUUUUCCCCACGAAAGAGAGGGUGUAACGGCUCCUUUUUGGUGUAACCAGGGUGCUGCGUGCUUCUUUGAGGGAAUAGAUGAUGUGCACUGGAAACAGAAUGGAACUCUGGAGAAAGUGGGAGAGAUUUCUGGCAAGCAGUUUAAUGAACUGGCACAAUGGGUUCAACAGGACAACGAGACGGGUAUUUAUUAUGAGACGUGGACGGUACGGUCAGACCCAGGACCCAACUCAACUACAUGGUUCGACUCGUAUGACUGUUCACAGUUCAUACACCGCACCUACAGGAAAUUGGCAGAGCUAGGAGCCAAGCUCUCAAGCAAAACUCAGACAAACUACACUAAAAUCUACCUGUACAGUGGUGAGCCUACCUACCUUGGAGAUGAUGGCAGCAUCUUUGAUCAACCCUCAAUGAAAAAUCUGGCCACAGAUAUCAGAAAGUUUUAUCAUUCUUUUCAGCCUCACCAGUCAAAGCUUCAGUUUAUCCUCAGCCUGUUGGAAGUGUAUGAAAAAGUAGUGCUGGAGAAGACAUUCUAUAUGUUCUACAACUUUGAGUAUUGGCACUUGCCUAUGAAGCCACCCUACAUCCAAAUUACUUAUGAAGAAGUUCCUCUCCCAUGAUAAUGGUUGCCUUGAGUUUGUUUUUUCUUCUUUCUUUUCACCUUGUCAACAAGUUAUGACAGUUUUGCACAUGAAAGUCACAUGUUACUUGUGAUUAGUCAGUGAUUAUUUCCACUUUGCCUUGGGUAACAAGUCAUGUGUUGUGUUGUAAAUACUAAAACAUUGUUGAAGGCUCAAUUCAGAUUGGUCAUAAAGUGUUGGCUUCAUCUUCUAUUAAAGCACAGCUCAGAUACGUAGUUCUAGUUGCAAGACAAAUCGCAGAUUAUAUUUUUUCUUAUUAAUUUGCUCAUUCUAAUGUUAUUGUUUAUGUAUCAAUAGAUUACACAGGGCCUUGUAUGGUGGACAUUCCAUGUAAACAAAUGUUUUAAAAUGUCUCAAUGUUUUAAAGUGUCAUUGCUUUGAAAUAGUCAAGAAGUAGAAUUGGGAAUAAUUUAUUAAUUUUUCAGGAAGGUUGGCUUUCUGUUUUCUCAGCAACAUACCCUGCAUUUUUUUUGUCAAUGGAUGUUAAAGAAUGACUUUUCUUUCUUUUUUUUUUUACUGGUUUUUAUUGUAUUUUCAUAAUCAGCAUUGGAAGUAGUAAGUGAAUGAGAUUCACAUUGAGUAAAUGUGAAUAAAGAAACUGUAGUGUAAUUAACUGCAGUUACAGUAUCAUCCUGUAAUUACAGUAGUAGUUAAGGAUAGAUAAUAAGCUUAAAAUUGAUGCCAAGACAAUUCAAGGGACUAGCCCACAAUCAAUGGAAUGAUUGGGAUUUUCCUCAGAUUCAGUAUACAUCCAAGGCUAGCCAAUCUUCAGUGGGUCUGUUUUGACCCAUUUAUUCAUGAUUAUCGUCUUACCCAACAUCAGGAAAGUUUAGACAUCUGAGUAACCCCAGAGCGAAGAGGACAAAAUGCCCAGUAAACACGUGAGUGGGGAGGCUGAGGAUGUGACUUUUUAUGGUGGUUAUAAGGUGAACUUGUCACAGACAUCCUGCAGCACUAAAUCUAACUACAAAUACAUGAAAAGUUUGAUGUCAUUCAUUAAAUGUUCUUUAAUGAAUAAAAAUUGUAAUCUUUGGCAGUUUGCUGUCAAAUAAAAUACUAAAUGUGGACUGCAUCACAAUGGUAGUACACAGAGUAAUGUUUUUUUGUUCAUGUAGCCAAUAUAAGUAUUUAACUAACAUAUAACCACAUUAUACAUUAACAUUUGAAAUAAUCACACAGUGCACAAUGGCCAUUUUAUAUAGUUUAUUUAAACAAUGCAAAAUAGAUGUUGACUAAGCACAAAAAAAAGUUUAUCCCCAAAGACAACAAAGCCUUGUUUUUGAACGGUUUUAGACAAAUAAUUAUUAUAUACACUGAUCAGCCAUAACAUUAUAACCACUGACAGGUGACGUGAAUAACACUGAUUACUGUGGCAUCUGUCAAGAUACAUUAGCCAGUUAAAGUUGAUGCACUGGAGGCAGGAAACUGGGCAAGCGUCAAAAUCUGAGUGACUUUGACCGGGGCCAAAUUGUGAUGGCUAGAUGACCUGGUCAGAACAUGUCCAAAACAGCAGGUCUUGUAGAUUGUUCCUGGUAUGCAGUGGUUAGUGUUGGUCCAGUGGGAUAGAAUUUUAUUGCUGAUCAGUGUGUGUGUGCGUGUAAAUAUAUAUAAAUUUAUAUCUAUAUCAUUAGUGACACCUAAACCCCAGAAUAAGUGUAUAGGAAACAUAAGUACCAACAGUAUUUUGAACAAUAUUUAAAUACAACAGCAAUUAGGGUCAGAAUAAUGUUGGGCUUCCCUAAUAUGAAGCAACAAAAUUAGGCCAAAGAGCCUAUAGGACUAUAUUUAGUUCUGAAAUAUUUAUCUAGAUGAACUGUUUUGCAAAGCCACCGCUAACAUUUCUAAAGGAAUCUAUAAAAUCUUGUCUAAUGCUAAUUUGUUGAACAGAUUUUUAAGUGCAAACCAUAAUUGCUCAUCUACAGCUUCUCCUGUGCUUGCACUUACAUUACUGUAGUUAAUUUGGUCUAUGUGUCUAAAGUGCUUUAAAUCAUCAAAACAAAUGAAUGUCAUCACAAUCAAAGGUCCUGAUGUUACCCAAUAUAAACCUGUUUACAUUUGAUUAUUUUAAAAAAAAAAAAAAAAGCAGGACAGUAGUUUAUAA